AUGCCCUCCUCAAAAUUUAGUCCAAUGGACCACGAUGCCGCUCACACAUUCCAAGACAUGCUCUACCACCACGCCCGGGCCAUGAGCUAUGUGUCGGUGUAUUACGGCGUGGAAAACCGCGAAAUCAAGCAGCUGUUGACGCAGCUGCUGCAUGUGGCACGCGCGGGCCGCAAACUGGUGUUUUUGGGCACCGGAAAGUCCUUCAAAAUCGUUCACAAGACUGUGGCCAUGCUCACGUCGCUGGGCAUCGACGCCCGUGCUUUGCACCCGAGCGAGGCGCUCCACGGCGACAUGGGCACCGUACGGCCCGGCGAUGCCCUGCUCGUAUGUUCCAGUAGCGGCGAAACCCAAGAACUCGCGCUCUUCUUGAAACACGCUCAGGUUGUGCUCCAGCCCGCCGUGAAAGUGCUCGUUACUUCCAGCACCCAAUCCGCGCUUCAUGCAUUGGUGGAUUGUGUUUUGUACGUUCCACAACCCGCAGAGUUCAAAGAAAAAACCAUCCAACACGGUCUGCCCUCGCCCACCAUUUCCACAACUUUGAUGCUAUCUGUGCUGGACUGUUUCUGUCUCGCGCUCACCGAAUUGUAUUUCGACGGCAACAGCGACAAACGUCUGGCCUUUUUCAAAGCCAUGCACCCAGGCGGCGGAAUUGGCAAACAACUGGCCGUGAAACCGGUUUCAUCUGAUGUUCCGGUUCCCGUUCCUGUCCCUGAUCCCGUGGCCACCACGUCCAUGGACGAUGCGGGGCACAUUUCGCUAGACGUUACGGAGGUCGAGUUUCUGCAGUUCAUUGUGGAAUUCGACUAUUGUGUGGUGGACGGUAUUCGGUAUAGCUCGCAUUUAUUGCAACAUCAGUACCGAGAGUGGAAACGUCACACACGAACGUUCAAACCCAAAACCUUGAUGAACGGAGAGUCCUGGAACUUGGCAGCGGUGCUGGCACCACAGGCCACGGUUCAUGCUUGA